CUGUAAUCGAAAAAUAUAACUUACAUUUUUCCAAAGUUGGACAAAUAUUUUCCCUCACUUUCCCAAAUUGGUAGGCAGCUACCAAUUAUCAUCACCCUCUCUCAUUUUUUCUCUCACUUUUCCUCUCUCAUUUUCCCUCUCUCAUUUUCCAAAAGAGUCAUUGAGCUUGGAUCUGGCUAUGGCUAAGGUGGAUUGAUGAUACAGAGUUUAAGAUUCGCAUCCAGUCUGAAGCGGAGCAUUUUAUUAACGUUUCAUCCUUGACAUUUUAUGCCACAGCAAGGAGGAUUAAUGAAGAUCUGAUACAAGUUCUUGUAGAUCUUAAUGGUUAUACUAAGGGGCUUAAAGAGUGCUGGAGUAUCAGAAGUCGUUUCUAGAGAUUUGUCUCGAACACCAGAUUCUGCAAAGCCACUUACUUACGACAACGAUCGGUUUAUUGGGAAAAAGGCACCACCGAAUCGAUUUAGGAAUGUCAUGUCUCCUAUAGAGGAAGAGGAAAUUGGGGAGCAGAUGACUGUUUCACCAGCCAUGGAAGCAGGGAGCCAGCCCAUUGAACUUUUUGCAGCACCACAUGCUUCUAGCAGUUUGAUAUCCGAAACCCUAUUUAUUGGAAGAAGUUCUAGUAGCCUUGACAGUGAAAAGAUAAAUCCAGCUUGUCGAAGCAGUAAUAGCUAUGGAUCUCCAAAUUCUAUAGUGAUACAUUAUGAGGAAGAUCUUAGGGCUAACGUAGAGGAGGUUUUUGAUCCUGAUGCAGCACAAUAUGACUCAGCAACUUCGCCUGAUAAACCUGCAGGUUAUAUUGUUUUGGAUUUCAGGAGGAAGAUGAUAUCCAUGAUUGGAAUGGGGCACCGAGCUGAACUAUAUGUUGCUCGUGUAGCUAAAUGCCUAGUUGCUAUCAAUGGACGUGAGAGAGUAAAUGUUGAUAACCUGAAAAAAGCUAUCAUUGAAAGCAUUGGAGCAGUUUCGGCAGGAUUAGAUCUUGGGAAAGAAGAGCCACUAACCCAGUUCUUAAUUGUUUUGUAUUUUUAAGAAUGCAUUGUGCAAGUGUCUUUGCCAAGCUUGAUGUAACUUGGCUGCAGCAGUAUUUGGAUGAAAUUUCUGAAGAAGAAGAUAUGGAGAAAAAGUCCUAUCUAAUGGCGUUAAGAGAGAUUACCAUGCUUGUCUCUAAAGCGGCUAAAAAGGACUUGGUAGAAAAGAACAGCGAGGUCUUGGCAAUAGAGAAAUGACUCAAAAAGGCUGAAAGGCGUUUGCAGGAGUCCCAAAGGCAAGCAGGAAAGGUGGAAAGUUCUGUCAAAAUACUUGAAAUACUGGGUGAAAAAGUUCAGCAGGACAUCAAGGAAGCUAGGGAUCAAGCACAAUAUCGGUAAUGUCUUGCACGCAUCAGUAGUAUGAUAUUUCUAUGGUUGUAUAAAACAUACAUUUGGGAUCUCAUGAUAUGUUCAUCGUGAUGAUAUUGUUAAAUAUUCGAAUGUAUUUAUAUAUGCAACAGUUAGUUUA